AUCCACCGUUCGCAAAUUUUUUCAUCUGUCGUUCGUCGUGAAUUCGCUGACUCGCCGAACACAUCGUACUCUGAAUUUUCCAAUUUCGAAGGGUUCGUUCCCGAGAUAGAGUGGUGGAUUCUCCGAUCCGUCGAGGGAAUAGUGAAGCUUCCAGAUUAUCUGUGGUCUUCACCACACAAUGGCCGCACCGUUCUUCUCAACUCCAUUUCAGCCAUAUGUCUACCAGAGUCAGCAAGAUACGAUUACACCUUUCCAGAUUCUUGGUGGUGAAGCCCAAGUUGUUCAGAUAAUGUUAAAGUCGGAGGAGAGAGUCAUUGCUAAGCCUGGUUCCAUGUGCUACAUGUCUGGGUCCGUGGAGAUGGAAAAUACAUAUACCCCUGAACAAGAAGUUGGAGUCUUGCAGUGGAUUUUGGGCAAGAGUGUAAGCAGCGUAGUUCUUCGUAAUACGGGGCAGAACGAUGGAUUUGUGGGUAUUGCUGCACCUUAUUUGGCUAGGAUUCUCCCGAUCGAUUUGGCAAUGUUUGGAGGUGAGAUCUUGUGCCAGCCAGAUGCAUUCCUUUGUUCCGUCAAUGAUGUAAAGGUUGUCAACUCCGUUGACCAGAGGGCAAGAAACAUCGUUGUCGCUGGUUCAGAGGGAUUUCUGAGACAGCGCUUAUCUGGACAAGGUCUUGCUUUCAUCCUCGCAGGUGGCUCAGUUGUACAAAAAGUGCUGGAGGUAGGAGAAGUUCUUAACAUUGACGUGUCUUGCAUCGCUGCUCUCACUCCCUCUAUCGAUGUUCAAAUCAAAUACAAUAAUGCUCCUCUGAGACGAGCAGUAUUCGGGGGUGAUAACGUGGUAAUGGCGACUCUAACGGGACCAGGCAUCGUCUUCAUCCAAAGUUUACCGUUCCAUCGGCUCUCACAGCGUAUCGCAAGGUCGGUGACGUCACCAAACAUGAGAGAGAAUCCAAGGUUGUUGAUACAGAUAGCGUUGUUUGCGUUCCUUGCAUACGUAGUGAUUCUAUCUUCGUUGAUCUUAACCGACGUUUGAAAAUAGAAAGACAAGUUGUGCUUUUAUCCGACCAAACAUCAAACUAACGAUGCUAUUGUCUCCACUUAUUAGCUUGGGGUUUUGGACGUUUGGAUAGAAUGAAAAUGAAAUCAUACAGCUCACCA